CAAACCACGCCCCAAAUCACCCAAGCCACGCCCCAAAUGACCCAAGCCACGCCCCCCAGGCCCCAGGCCCCGCCCCCCAGGCCCCAAGCCCCGCCCCCGAGGCGCCGGGGCCGCUGGCGCUGCUGAAGGCGCGGGCGCUCGACGUCACCUUCGACGUGGGCGACGACUACGAGGUCAUCGAGACCAUCGGCACCGGCGCCUACGGCGUGGUCAGCUCGGCACGGCGGCGCGACACGGGCCAGCAGGUGGCCAUCAAGAAGAUCCCCAACGCCUUCGACGUGGUGACCAACGCCAAGCGGACGCUGCGGGAGCUGAAGAUCCUCAAACACUUCAAACACGACAACAUCAUCGGCAUCAAGGACAUCCUGCGGCCGGCCGGGCCCUACGGCGAGUUCCGCUCCGUCUACGUCGUUCUGGACCUCAUGGAGAGCGACCUCCACCAGAUCAUCCACUCCUCCCAACCCUUGACCUUGGAGCACGUCCGCUACUUCCUCUACCAACUCCUCCGCGGCCUCAAGUACAUCCACUCGGCGAACGUCCUCCACCGCGACCUCAAGCCGAGCAACCUCCUGGUCAACGAGAACUGCGAGCUGAAGAUCGGCGAUUUCGGCAUGGCGCGCGGCCUCGGCGCCGACCCGCGCCAGGCCAAGGCGUUCCUCACCGAAUACGUCGCCACGCGUUGGUACCGCGCGCCGGAGCUUCUGCUGUCGCUGCACCGCUACACGCGCGCCAUCGACAUGUGGUCGGUUGGGUGCAUCUUUGCCGAAAUGCUCGGCCGCCGGCAACUCUUCCCGGGGCGGAAUUACGUCCACCAACUCCAGCUGAUCAUGGCGGUGCUGGGCACGCCGCCGCCCGGCGUCAUGGCGGCCAUCGGCGCCGAGCGGGUGCGCGCCUACGUGCAGAGUUUGCCGCCGCGCCCGCCGGUGCCGUGGGAGAGUCUUUUCGGCGACGCGGAGCCGGCGGCGUUGGCGUUGUUGGGGAGGAUGUUGCGUUUCGACCCGCGGGAGCGCGUCGGCGUCGCCGAGGCGUUGCGGCACCCGUUUUUGGCUAAAUAUCACGACCCCGAGGACGAACCCGAGUGCGUGCCGGCGUUCGACUUCGCGUUCGACCGGCAGGCGCUCACCAAAGAGGAGAUCAAAGCCGCCAUCGUUGCCGAAAUCGCCGAUUUCCACGCGCGCCGCGACGGAAUCCGGCGCCAAAUCGCGCCGGCGCCCGUCAGAAAGACCGACGUUGAUGUCAACAUGGCGAACGUCACCGCGGCGCCGGCGUGGCCGCCCUGCGCCGACGUGGACAUGCCGAGCCCCGGCCCCGCCCCCGACUGCCCCAUGGAGUCGCCGCGGGUGAAGGCGGAGCCGGAAGCGCCGGCGGCGCCCAAGAGGGACGGCGCCAUCUCGGACGACACCAAAGCGGCGCUGAAGGCGGCGCUGCUGAAAUCGGCCAUGAGGAACAAGAGCAAAGACCCGCCCUGCGCCGCGCCGGACCCGCCCGAGUGCCGCAAACCGGUGACGGCGGCCGAGCGCCAGCGCGAGCGGGAGGAGAAGCGCCGCCGCCGGCAAGAACGCGCCAAAGAACGCGAAAAACGCCAACGGGAGCGCGAACGCCGCGAGCCGCGCCCGCGGGGGGAGGGGCUGCACGGCCUCGUCCUCACCGACGACGACCGGCACCUCUUGGAGCGCUGGACCAAGAUGGCGGACGGCGCCGCGCCCGCGCCCCGCCCACAAGCCCCGCCCCCCCGCCCCCAGGCCCCGCCCCCUCCCGCCGAGCCGUGGGCGUGGCCGGAGCGCCAAACCGGCGACGCCGACGUGGCCACGGUGACGCAGCAGCUGCAGAAGUCGCAGGUGGAGGAUCCGCUGCCGCCGGUGUUCCCGGUGACGCCCAAGGGAAGCGGCGCCGGUUACGGCGUCGGAUUCGACCUGGAGGAGUUCCUGAGCCAAUCGCUCGACAUGGUGGGAGAGGCCAAGGACAGCGUUGCCGACUCGGCGCCGCUCUCGGCGUCGCUCUUGGCCGAUUGGUUGGAGGUUCACCGCCUCAGCCCCGCCGCGCUCGAGAGUCUCCAGCGCGACCUCCAGCUCGGAUCGCCCAUGGCGAUCGCCGAGGAGCCGCCGGCGCCGUGACCCCGCCCCCAACCAGGCCACGCCCCCAACCAGGCCACGCCCCCAACGAGGCCACGCCCACCGCGCUGAGGCCACGCCCACAAUAUGAGGCCACGCCCACAUUAAAUUCAUUAAAUUUGUACCAAAA